AUGGCGGCCGCGGAGGUUGUUCGAUGGAGUUCAGUUGUCGGUGAAUAUGGGGUUUUGCUGACUGAAAUGGGAUCUAUGGAGGAUCUGCAUUCCCCUAUAAAGCCAUAUUCACGAAUAAAGGAUGGCCCCAUACUUGCUGUUUGCUUUGCACAAUGUCGCAGUCUUUUAGGAGUAGCAACAAGUCCUGGCAUCGUGCGUGUAUGGGAAGUAAGCUCAAGGCACAGAGAGAAACCAAAGUUUAUUCGGCGGUCAGAAGAACACAAGAACACAACUGUCACUGCACUAUGCUGGGAUGAAGAGGAAACCCGUCUUUUCAUUGGUGACGUGAAGGGUGUUGUGAGCGUUGUUCACAUUCCACAAGCUGGCAAAUUACCUGUAAACAAAGGCUUUCCUCUACUCCACACUACUACUAUUGUAGCAAAGGCUCACACCAGUAUUGUACAGUUGGACUGUGUUGGAGAUAAACUUCUUGUUUCUACUAUGACCAAGUGUGCCAUUGUGGAUCUCAAAAGUCUGGAUUGUGUGGCAGUUGGGGUCAAGCUAAGGGAUGGUUUAUAUGGAAGCUGCUUCUUUAAAGAGGGUAUCUCUGACAAUCCCACUAUCUAUGCUGCUCGUCCUGGAUCAAGGUUAUGGGAAGCUAGUAUAGAUGGACAAGUCAUGGCAACACAGCAGUACAAGAAACUUCUAGGAAUAGCAGCAGUGCCAUUACUUGGACACGGUCACAGUGCCACUGUGCCAAUUACAGAAGAAGAUUUUCCACCACAGUCUGUCACUUUUGCAAAGCUUUUGCUUGUCAGGGAUCGGUUCAUAGUGACAUGGCAUGGUACUUCAGUGUACAUCAUGGAUCCAGUCUUAGGGCAGUUGGUGGCUUGGUAUGCCAUGGAGAAAGUGGUUGAGGAUAUUGUUUGUGUUGGAAAAGAGUUUUACUUGUAUGAUGCUGAAGGCUGUGUGAAAUGGUUUGCUCUUCUCUCUGUUAAAGAAUGCGUGUCAAGGCUGUUUGAAAUGGGAGAGACUAGCCAGUGUCUUCAGGUGCUGCUAAGUUGCAAACAUUACAUCAUUCCUGGCUCUGCAAGAGAUUUGGUUCCUGUUUCAUUGGUUGCAAAACUCAGAGAAGAUUUAAGUGAAGAAGAGAAAGAGGGUCACGGUAUUAUUGGUGAGCUGGAAGAACUUGAGCGUGACAUGGAGCCUGCAACAGAAGCCAGUGAUGAUCCACCAAGUAACCAUGGUAACACCAGCUUGAUGGACAGUCCUGACACCAUUAGUUUGUGCAGUGAUGCCUUCACAGAUGAUUUAGAGUUAAACGUGCCAUCUGGCGGAAGGACAUCGGAAACAGGAGAAGAUCAUGACAAGAUGACAGCCAUUCAUUUGGAUGAAGGGUCUGUGAGUAAAAGUGAUCUGCAUAGGAAGGUAAAGAAGCAGUGGAGUGCUGACAUUACAUUUGAAGGUAUACUGAUGUCGGCUGCUGCAGCAGCCAAGAAAUUCACUGCUGAGCGACAGAAGGGACUCAACAAACUGAAGAGAUCGCAAUCAGCUGACAACCCAGGAGGUGGAAGACCGUUGAGUUCUCCUGGAGCAGACAGCAGUCCAGAUCCACACCGUGAGGUCAGUGGCCCUCAAAGUAAGGUCGCCAGUGAUGCUGACACUGGUACAUAUGCUGAAGGACUGGAUAUCCAUGAAACAAUCCAGGAAGAGGAAAGCCCACUGCUACAGAAGAAGACACACGAGCGGAGUCCAUGUCAUUCUGAUGACAGUGAAUCAAGACAGUCUGGAAAUGAGGGGGGAUUUGGGGAAGAGGAAGCAUCAGACAAGAGGGAAAAGUUAAGUAUUCGUGAGAAAAAGAAAAGAAAGAAGAGAGUUGUCACCGUUGAUAUUGAUUCACCUCAAAAACUAAAACAAGAGGGCAAUUCAGCACCCCAUGGACGGAGCUCUUCCAUUCGUACGACAUAUUCCUCGACUGGAGACACGGAGGUGAGGAACAGAGGUUUGUCAGAACCUGCCAGCCCCAUACAAACUGAACUGCCUCCUGCCAUUCCAGCCAUGCUAUCAAAAGCCAAGGGACUGCUGAAAAAGAAACUAAAACCUUCAUCAGGAGAUCUCUCUCCUUUACCAUCUCCCACUCCACCUGUAGAAGAGGAAACAGUAGACAACGCAGAAGAAGAAUCACAGAAAAUAAAGUGUCCACAGGAGGUUGACGAGCUCAUGGAGUGUUCAGCAAAGACACGGACUGAAGUGAAGAAUCCUCUCAUUCUCUUCAGCAUUAGCAGUCUUCGUCAAGCUUUUGAAGAGUGGAUCCCAAAGCUUCAUGCAGCCAUGAAGAGCUGUCUACAGUUGAACAUCAACAGUGAUGCAAACAACACUAAGAUUGAUUUGAAGUAUUUUCUUGACGAGCCUUCAUUUGCUGACGUCUCGUAUCUAACACGAAUGUGUUUUGAUUGUGGUGUGUAUGGAUUGAAAGGCAUAGAAUCCUUGCUUGAUGCUUCCUGUGAUGCGAUAAGCAGUGAGAAGGCAUCUUCGCGUACAUCCUCGGUGGUUGAAGAUAAUAUAGAAAUGACUGAUGCAUCUAAUUCCAAGGAUGAUGUUUCGAGUAUCGUUGUAUCCGAAACCUCUGAAAAAGUCAAAGAAGACGAAGCUCGUGUAUGCGAUUCCUCCUCUUUGGUUGAAGGCCAUGAGGCGACUGAUGAAUCAACACAAGCUGGGUCUUCUGACGAAUUUGCAUCCCACAUUGAUAAACCAAUUCCCCCUUCAAUCAGCACAAAUGUUAUGGAGGAAAGUUGCAAGGGAAGCACUCUAAAAAUCAACCCUGCAGAUGUUGUUGAUGUAAAUCGUGACUUUGUUGAACAACUGGAGGUGUCAGCUGAUGACAUUAAUGGGACUCGGCACAAAUCCAGUGACAUAAGUGCCACCACCCUUGAAGAAAUAUCCAGCAAUGCCUCGUCAGCAAGGAAAAGCCAAGCUACUUUUCAUUCAACACCAAAUUGUGAGCCCAUCUGUGGGUUGUGUGAAAAUGGAACUGCAUUCUGCGAUAGCAAUAUUGAAAGCUCCGUAGAACAGGAGAAUGACAGCAUUCGCGCAAAAUUCUUGGCUUACUAUUUCUUCCUCCUGGAUGUAAAACAAUUACGACGGACUUUCUUCAUGAGCAGGGGAGACAGAAGAAAGACUUGGAACACGUUUGUGGAGUGUCUGUCGGGUCUUGUUACCGCUGAUGACGUCAUUGCUAGAUACCUACAAGAAGGUGACGCACGUCGAGCUCUUCAUGAACUGCAUGAUGGGAUGGAUGUCUACUCCGAUAUCCUCCUUUACCAUUUAACUCGCUUGUACGAACACAACAGUCGCGAGACAAUGAUAACAUGUGCUAGAAUGUUCCCAGAUGUUCAGCCGUGGGAGGUAAUGGAGAUCUGUCGGCAGAGUCGUGCUCUCAGUCUGGAAUCUGGUUCAGCGGAUUUUGUAUUUUAUGUGGAACAGCUAAUGCGAUGGCGAGCUGAGGUUGGAAAUACCAAGGAGCACACAAUUGCUAAGAUUUGCGAGGAUAUAGAGAUUGCUAAAUGGUGGUUCCACUGCGCGCUGACUGUAGACUCAUCAAGAGAGGGACUGCACUGUCAGCACUGUGGAAAGCCAAGACCGGGAUCGCACACUCUGCAGUGGCAAAAGGCGGAUCAUUUACUGCACCUCAUUGACUUUCUGUUCCAAAGGGAUUCUGUAGAAUAUAAAGACUUCAUGGAUUUGUGCUGGAAGCAUGGUUACUGGUUGGGUCUGAUCCGUCUCUGUAUUAAGACAAAUCGAAGGCAAGAGGCUCUGGAACUUGUCGUCUCUUUGAAUGACUUAAAGCUGAUUAAAGACUCGCAACCAUGGGGACUCCUGCCAAAGACGUUGGAUGAGUGGAGACAUCUGUUGGAUUUGUUGUUAUUUCGCGAUCACCAUGGCAAAGACCCACGUCACAGUCCACAUUCAUGCACACCACUGUCUGCUUCUGAUUGGCUCCCAGAUUUGACUUGGAGUAACGUGAUCAAUCUAAUGCUUGAACGGUUGGGCGCUGGACAUACUGUCAACUUACUGCAGGCUCUGCCACGUGACAUGCCACUGCUCACCACGGAUUUCUACUACUCGUGUCUGCUAGGAGCCGUGAUUGAGAGACGGCAAAGGACCUUGAUACACGAGCUGCUUAAAAAGUUAGAUUCCUAUUUGUGGUCACAAAGAAGCGGUUGCUUGGCUCCCAAGUUGAACAAUUUCCGUAAGGAAGAAGAGACAAGCGGUCCCACAAGCAAGGAAGACUUUAAACCUCAGUUGGAGUCCAUGUUACAGUUCCGGACACUAGAGGAUGGAGCUUCGAACUGGGGACAAAACAUUCGUCUGUCUGACGGUGAAUGUCUGGUGUGCUCGCUGAAACUGUGUGAACAGAUUUCAACAAGCAAUCAGGGACUUCUGCUGUUUGAAUGCGGUCAUGUUUUCCACAAACACUGUGUCCCAGAGGCGGCGUGUGUGUUGUGCUUUCAUCAAAAUCUCACCACUUUGGGAACAAAAGUACUUUGAGCACACAAGACAGCAAAAACGAACAAGUAUUCAAUACAGCGAGGAUUCAUAGUUUGGGCUUAAAAAAACAUGGGCCAAGCCAAAUCUUAGAAAUUAAAUUUAAUUACCAAUAUUAUGUUUCAAAGCGGCACGAACUCUUAUAAGUCUUAGCACUUCAACAGCAAACCAGGUUUGUCUUGGCAAAAGGAUUGAAAAGAGGUAUCGGGAAAGGGGGUUUAAAAUUAUCACGAACGCAAAUUUUCGUCGUUAUACUUCCACAAACAAUUUUAAACUAUGUUUUCAAACAGCUAAGCUUUGCCGUUAAUUGAGAAUUUGAGUAUAUUUGGGUUUAUCUAAGACAGGCAGAAAUUUGAGUAGUAAACAGACAUACACAUUUUAACCAGAAAAUUUAAACCUUACUCAACGUUUACAUCCACAUUUAUAAAUAAUUUUUGAAAAAGUGGAAGAAGCCACAUGUAAGGGGACAAUUCCGCUUCGAGGACAUGAAGCUGGGACACCUCCUUUCUUAUACAAAAAAUAGUCCCUGCUUCACAUCCCCUCAUUUUUACCGACCUUUUAUGGAUUUUAUAAAAGAAUUUUAUCAAUGAAAAUUUUAUACGUAAUUAAUACAGAGAUAUAUAGAUAAAGACAGAUUUUAAGACAAGUAAUAUUCUCGUAACACAAAGCGUGAGAAGUUCAGACAAAUUCAGUUAUUUUAAUGACAAAUAACGAAAAUUAUGAUAACGACACCUGGGUUGUUAAUAGAUAUAAGUUUACAUGUUAAUAUCAAUUCGUUCCAGGAAACUCUUAAAAUAAAUAAAAAACUGCAUUUCCACAAAAACGA